AAAUCAUCCAGCGGGAGAACCUGAACAGAAUCAAGAGUUUUAGGAAGAAAAGAUAAAACGAAUAUAUUUCGUUUGAAUUCAGCGACAUUUUGCGAUAUUAUAUGUUGUCGUGAUACCUUUAAGUCGUCCCGGAUAUAGAUUAUUGUGGAUAGCAGAAUGCGACGCUCAGGAGCUCCCAGCCAGCUCUUGGGCAAUGCUGUGAAAAAGCCUCGGUUUGUGCCCCCUGGAGCGUCUACUUCACGUCCUGUGGCUGAAUCCAAGCCCCUUACCCCUAAACCUGGUUUAGGCAAUGCACUGGAAAAGGUCCAGAGAAGUUUAGCAGCACCAGCUCCGAGAAAAACAGAGUGUGAUGUCCAGCCCAAAGCUGCCCAGCCUGCUCCGGCCUUGUCAAGGGCUCUGGCUCGUGUUCUUAGUGCAGCGGAAAGUAAGGAGAAUAAGGCUGAGGCAGAAGAUCAUACCACUGGCUUGGAAGAGACCACAGAAGACAACAGACCAGCAGGAAGGAACGGUUGCCCUCAGUUGACUCCUGGCUCUUCUCAACCCCCCCAGCCUCCAGUGGGGUCUGUGUGUGUUUCUGGAGCUGCAGGCUCAGACUCUGGCUGCAGUCAGGACGGAGUGCGUUACUUCAGUGUGGUGUGGUGUAAAGCCAGUAAGAAGAAACACAAGCGAUGGGAGGGCGAUGCCGUCCUGCUUACAAGAGGACGCACAGCCACACUGAAAGAUAUGGAGGGCAAGGACAUUGGCAAGGGAAGUGGUUACAAAGUGUCCCAGCUGGCCUCCCUGUCCGAGGGAGAGACCCUGAUGAUCGGAGGGAAGGAGGUGGAGGUGAUGGGGGUCAUUUCUGCGGAGGACUUCGCCAGAGGACGUUGUUUUCAAGAGGUUCAGGUAGAGAAAGAGGAGCUGCAAACAAAGGCAGCUCCACCUCCUGCUCGUCGCUUGGCGUCCAAACCCUUCUGCCCCCCUACGCUGCUGGGGAGAGCAGAUCAUCCAGGAGCCAAAUCAGAGGAGGAACAGACCUGCAGACCUCGCCAUGACCCACUGGCUCCAGGUGCACUGGUGAUGCCUCGUCCCUCCGCGAAUCACCAGUGGUCUAAUAACAAGUCAGGGCUUCCUGUGGUUGAUGUUGUCGUCGACCCGUACCUGACGACUCAGCUGCGACCCCACCAGAGAGACGGCCUGCUGUUUCUCUAUGAGUGUGUCAUGGGCAUGAGAGCUGUAGGUCGCUACGGGGCUAUCCUGGCUGACGAGAUGGGUCUGGGGAAGACCCUCCAGAGCGUGGCACUGUCCUGGACGUUGCUUAAACAAGGACCUUACGGUGGAAAACCCGUCGCUAAGCGUGUCCUUGUGGUCACCCCUGGCAGCCUAGUGCACAACUGGGGCGCAGAGUUUAACAAGUGGCUGGGCCGUGAGAGGAUCAGCGUUUUCACUGUGGAUCAGGACCACAGGAUAGAGCAGUUCGUGUUGUCCCCUCUGCACAGCGUUCUUGUGAUAAGCUAUGAAAUGCUGCUGCGCUGCCUGGAACAGGUGCAGAAAGUGGAGUUUGGUCUUGUAAUUUGCGACGAAGGCCACAGAUUAAAGAACAGCAACAUCAAAACGUCCUCAGCCCUCAGCGGCUUGAGCUGUAGUCGCAGAGUCAUACUAACAGGCACCCCAGUACAGAACGAUCUGCAGGAGUUCUACGCUAUUAUAGAGUUUGUCAAUCCAGGGAUCCUUGGAACGUCCACCGCAUAUAGGAAAGUGUAUGAGGAGCCAAUUCUACACUCCAGACAGCCCUCCUGCACAGAGGAGGAGCGCGUUUUGGGAGAGGAGCGGGCAGCUGAGCUCUCUCGCCUGACUGGCAUGUUCAUCCUGAGACGGACACAAGAGAUCAUCAACUGCUACCUGCCUCCUCGCCUCGACUGGACAUUGUUCUGCGACCUGUCCCCUCUGCAGCGAGAGCUGUACAAGCAUCUCCUCUGCCACAGAGUCUUCAGAGCCUGCCUUCAGGGCUCCGUGCAAACGCACACACACCUGGCCUGCAUCACUGCACUGAAGAAGCUGUGUAACCACCCUGGUCUGCUCCAUUGCACUGUCAAGGAGAGAACAGACAGUGGUUCAGUGGAGAGCACUUUAUACGAGGGCCUGGCUGAGCUCUUCCCAGAAUCCUACUCUUCAGGUGGAUUCAACACCGCUGACUCCGGAAAACUUCUGGUGCUGUCGGACCUGCUGGCCGCCAUCAGACAAAUCAGCCCUUCAGACAGGGUAGUUGUAGUGUCCAACUAUACGCAGACACUUGACUUGCUCCAGGACUUGUGUGUACACUUGGGUUACACCUUCUGCCGACUUGACGGACACACCCCCACCGGCCAGAGGCAGCGGCUUGUCGAUGCUUUUAACAGCCCCUACUCUCAGAACUUCCUGUUUCUGCUGAGCUCCAAAGCAGGCGGGGUGGGGCUCAAUCUGGUGGGUGCUUCCCACCUGGUGCUGUAUGAUAUUGACUGGAACCCUGCUAAUGACAUUCAGGCUAUGGCUCGAGUGUGGAGAGAUGGACAGAAGAAGACUGUGCACAUCUAUCGCCUCCUCACUGCAGGGACUAUCGAGGAGCGCAUAUUCCAGAGACAGGUGUCCAAACAGGGGCUCUCUGGGACAGUGGUUGACCUGGGCAAGAAGGCAGAACACACCAGUUUCUCCACCAGUGAACUGCGAGAUCUUUUUAGCUUGACAGACACGCUGUCUCUAACACACGACCUGCUGAACUGCAGCUGCAGCAUGGACGGCUCAGUCCAGGUUGUCAUAGAGGAAGAGGAGCAGGUGUCUGAUAGGCCUUGCCAGCUCGGUCGUCAAGGCGACCGCGGAGGGGCGCAACAGAAGCAUCUCAGCAUGUCCGAGCUGAUGCAGUGGAGACAUUUCUCUGGUGACACACACACCUUCUCAGACCCUUAUCUUGAUCUUGCACGAAACCACAUCACCUUCGCCUUCCAGACCACCAUCUCUCACACAGCUCCGUAAACAGAAGCGCACCAGAUUGCACUCUCGAUACAGAUGACUCAAACACACACAUAUACACAUAUGUGUCUUCGUCUUCUACGUGUUUGUCUUCAGGCUUCUGGGCUUUGUCAGCAGUCUGGCUACAUCAUAUUACAAAGCACUCAACAGUUGCUGCCAACAACAGCAAUACGUGAUGUUUGUGAGAUUCUGUGUUUUGUUCUCGACAUCUUCUUAAUUUAUUCAAGGAAAUUUACUGUUAAACGUCAUCAAAUAAAUGAAAUUACAAAGGAAUAUGUGUAAUAAAAAAGCUUUU